UGGAAUCACUCCACGAUGGUCAUUUACACGGGAAAGAGAGGCAAAGGGGUAGUUUAGUCCUUUUCCCCCAUCCCCAGCCGUCCAAACACAAAUUAUAACCUAAAGAUGGGCAUUAUUUGCCCAUCUUCUUCAAAUCAACUCACCUAAAAACCUUCCCCUUUACCUAAGAACAAAAUUCAACUCUUCUCCUCCAAGUAAUCUAGAAUUCAAGCCUUUCAAGUUCAAGAUUCUCAAAAAAAUUUCAAGAAUAGGACUUCAUUCUUCAAAUCAAGAACUCAUCCCCAAAGAUCAAGAAUUCUAAGAAACGGAUCAAGAUUUGGGUUUCAUCUUUCAAAUUUUAUAAUCUAAGGUAUUGGGACUACUCUAAAAACCUUGGGCAUAAGUUUAAAUGUUUUAUCAAGAUUAAAGACCCCCCAACUUAUUUGAUCAAAAUUUUACUUUUAGAGAGAGAAGGUUUGCCUUCUCUCUAACUGUUCAUCAACCAUGGAGCACAUCCAAAUCGAUCCCUCUGAUAAGGAACUACCAUAAGCCUAAAAAUCUCAGCCACUACUUUUAUAUCGGCACCCCAGAGAAAACGACUCAGCCAUGAACUACCUAAACGCAUUCUCCCAAACUGUUCCUGCCAGUGAUUCAACAAAAUCUCCGGGAACAACUUCUGAAUCAAUGGAGGUGGAUGUGCAUCUCGAUGAGAUGAUACUUAUUAAAAAUUCAACGGAUAACACCAUCAUCCUAACUGCGGAGGAAAAAAAUCGAAUCUAUCACCCAUGGUCAUACUCGGUAAUCAUUAAACUAACGAGGAGGAAGAUUAAUCACGCCCAUCUCAAAAAUAGACUUUCAGUGCUGUGGAAACCUAUGGAAAAAUCAAUCCUCAUUGAUCUAGGUAGUGAUUAUUUCAUAGUUAAAUUCCUCAAAGAGGAUAGUAUGCAAAUAGCCCUCCAAAAAGACCUAUGGUUCAUUAAUGGCGCCUUUCUAUCGGUUAGAAGAUGGCACCCAAAUUUCGUAGCAUCGAAAGCACAUAAAACUGUUUCAGUUAUAUGGAUACGCUUACCAGAACUUCCAACGGAAUACUAUGACCACUCAAUUCUAUCAAAAAUUAGUAGAAAAUUGGGGAAACUAGUUAAAACGUAUAUAUGUACAUCUGCAACGCUUCGAGGUCGAUAUGCUCGAAUAUGUAUUGAAGUUCCAUUGGGAGUCCCGGUCAAGACUCAUGUAUACAUUGGAAGUUUAAAAUAUACUAUAGUCUACGAAGGGGAUGACAUUCUGUGCACAAAUUGUGGAAUGAUAGGAUACACGCACGGGAUGUGUCACAAUCGGUGUGCAAUUCUCCCAACUACGCUUCCUGAGGAUACUGUAGAUACCACACCACAAACUCAGAAUACGCACAAUGAAUGCGGUAAAGAGGACUGGCUGGUGGUAAAAUUCAAAAAACGCACCAAUAAUAGCCAAUCUAAGGUGGCAUCAUGUUCCGUGGAUGAAGAUACCAGCUCAAAGAGACUUCUAUGCCAAAGGGAAAGGGUGUGACUUAUCAUCACCAUCCAUCUGAAGACAACACUAUCAGAGUCAAUAACACCAACACGGAAUCAUUGGGGUACCAACAGUUGGUAAUGCAGGUGGCCUGGCAGUUAUGUGGGAUGACUCUAUCCUGGAACUGGAUGAGAUUGCUACCACAGAUCAGGAAAUUCAUGUUAUUAUUAAGGUAAAGACACAAUGAUGUUACUUGGAUUUUUAGUUGUAUAUAUGCUAGUAUAUAUAUUCAUAAACGCAGGAACUUAUGGAAAAAUCUCAAGCAUAUCAAGGACAGUUUCCCAGGUAAGUGGCUAAUAGGAGGUAAUUUCUACGAGCUCCUAUCGAACUCAGAAAAGAAAGGUGGUAAGUUAAUAAAUAAAUCUCGAUCCGCUGAAUUUCAUCAAGUGAUAAACUACUGUGAAUUUAUAGAUAUGGGGUAUAAAGAUAGCCAAUAUACUUAGCUUAAUAAGAGGUUUAAUAAUCAUAAUGCGUUAAUACUUGAGAGACUGGAUCGGAUCCUAGUAUGAUUGGCUUGUUCAGUACCCUAAUGCCUGCGUAAUCCACCUCCCUCACACUCACUUUGACCACUGCCCACUACUUCUAACCUUAUUUCGGGAUGACCAUAAUCUUCGAAAGCGUAUGUUCAAGUUUGAAAAAAUGUGGACGACUCAUCCAGAGUUUAUAAACAUAGUUUCCCAGGUUUGGGAAAGCGACCCUCCAUUAGUUGAGGCGGUAGCUAGACUUGAAAAAGAAGCGUCUGCAUGGGCUUGCACUAACAUAGGGAAUAUUUUUAGAAAAAAAGAUAAGUUGCUCCGUAGGAUCUCAGGGAUUCAAAAAUACCCUAAUUAUUACCACAACAUGUUCCUCCAAAACCUAGAAAAGGAGCUUAUUAAUGAUUUUAAUGUCUUACUUAGGAUGGAAGAAGAUUACUGAAAACUCAAAUCUAGGAUAACCUGAUUGAAUGAGGGGGACGCAAACACAAAAUUUUUCCAUACCUCAACCCUCAUUAGAAGAACAAGGAAUAGGAUAGUCUCGCUAAACCUGGACAAUAAUUCGUGCAUCCACGACCAAGCGGACUUACUAAUCCAUACUCUUUCCUUCUUCCAAGAUCUGUUUAAAUCCAAUCACCACAAAUCCUUCCGCGUAGCAGUCCCGGUAGCAAAAAUUUAUCUUUCUGCGGCAGAUAAGUUAGAUUAGGGAGAAUGCCUUCCGAGAGAGAAGUCACUAAAGACGUCUUCUCUUUACUUGCUUUUAAAGCUCUGGGUCCCAAUGGGUUACACCCCUUCUUUUAUUAAAAAUAUUGGGAUAUUUUACGCAAUUCUAUUUUUUCUUUCUGUCGUAAAGUGUUUGAGGACGCAACCAUUGAUCCCAGUAUCAAUUCAACCCAUAUAUGUCUCAUUUCAAAUAACCCUGAUGCUCAAAGCCUCAAAAACUACCGCCCCAUCAGCCUCUGUAAUACCUCUUAUAAGAUCAUCACAAAAGUUAUUUCAAAAAGGCUAUGGACUAUUAUGGACAAAAUCAUAGGCUCGUGUUAGAUGAGCUUCCUUAAAAAUAGACAAGCAUCUGACAAUGCAAUCAUCAUCCAGGAAAUAAUCAGAAGCUUUAAUAAAAUGAAAGGGGAUAAGGGAAAUGUCAUUGAUUGACCUAGAAAAGGCCUUCAAUAAAAUAGAAUGGUCUUUUAUCAGACAUACUCUCCACUAUUUUAAUUUUCUUUUGAAUAUUAUAAACCUUAUCAUGUACUAGCUCUAUUAUGAUUUUAGUCAAUGGUACAAGAAUAAACUUUUUCAGUCCUUCUAGAGAAAUUCGUUAGAGAGAUCCCAUGUCCCUGUAUAUCUUCAUUCUUUGCAUGGAAGUUCUGGCACAUAACAUCAGCCAAGAGAUCAACAAUAAUAUGUGGGCCCCCAUAAAAAUUAGCAGGUCUGGGCCAAACCUAUCCUACUCGUUCUUUGCUGACGACAUAGUCCUAAUGUCUACAACUGAUAGGGAUAGUUGUAUUAAUGUUAAAAAUACUUUGCAAAAUUUUUGCACUUGGUCAGGACAAAGAAUCAACUAUGACAAAUCAAAAAUUCUUUUUUCCAAAAAUUGUGGUAACGACUUAAAAAAAAGAUAUCUCUGCCAUCCUUAAUAUCUCCACAUGUACUAACUUCAAAAAAUAUUUAGAAUUUCCUAUUCUUUCCACUAGAUCUUGUGCCCAGGACUUUCAGUUUGUCAUUGACAACCUCAGAAAGAAGCUAUCGGGUUGGAAGACAAAUUUCUUAAAUAUGAUCGGGCAAACUACAUUAGCGAAAACAUGCCUUAACAGUGUCCCUACCCACAUUAUGCAAUAUACUAAGCUUCCCCAAACAAUCUCCAAACAAAUAGACAAAAUUCAAAGGGCUUUUGUCUAGGGAUCAAAAGAUAACAAGAAAAAAAUGCAUCUUGUGUGGAUUGGGAUACAAUCACCAAGCCAAAAGAUAUAGGAGGUCUACGUAUACACAAAGCUAAGAUCAGAAAUCAAGCUUUCCAUGCAAAGUUGGCAUAGAGAAUCUUAAAUAAACCAAACUCCCUUUGGGCUUCCGUACUGUUGGCAAAGUACUCCAUCCUUGGAAGACCGGAUAACCUUCAAAACAGUCCUAAAAAUAACAGCAGUACCUAGAAGAACAUCAUCUCUAUUUGAAUUGUUCAAAUUGGGAACUUAGGAAUGGAAAAAAAAAUUGAGUUUGGAAGGAUUUGUGGUCCUCUUUUAAUGUUCCUCUAAGGAACUUAAUUCAUACAGCUUUGAACAAAAAGGAUGAAGAACAAACUGUGGACUCUUUGAUUAAUCAUGGGAAAUGACAUCUAAAUACUUUAAGUUACAACCUUCCCAAGAACAUAGCCGAAGUAAUCAUCGCUACCACCACAUGUAUCACAACCUUAACGACAAGAUGCGAUGUUUUCUCGUACCAGGGAAUCAUUUCUCAAUAGCUAUGGCUUAUCAUUACUUACUUCAAAAGACUUUUCGUGGUACUGACGCUAACUACAACUAUAAAUGGAUUUGGAAAUUGAAGUACCCUAAUAAAAUUAAGUUUUUUCUUUGGCUUUGCUUACAUAACAGACUUCCGACAAAAUAAUUCCUAAACCAAAUAGGUAUUGACAUUGACUCUAGAUAUAGCAUUUGUAAUAAGCCGAAAAUCGCUGACCAUAUUUUAAGAGAAUGCCCCUUGGCACUACAGUUAUGGCAUAUUAACAACCUCAGCAAGAUUAUAGAGCCUCUUAACGACCUCAAUCUUAAAAAAUGGUUCGAUAGAAUUAGGAAAAUGAGCAACAAACGCAUAUGAACCUACUUGACUUCGAGUGAUGUCUUUCCUUUUUAUCUAUGGAAUAUUUGGCUAACAAGAAAUGACAACUCCUUUAACAAUAGGGAAAAUCAUAUUCCUGUUAUCCUUUCCUAUAAUCACGCUCUAGAAUAUCAUAUGCUAGUUAUUAACCAAAGCUUUCCCAAAAAUUUGUGCUUGAAGUCUUGGGUC